AUGAGGUUUCUGAUCUUAGUACUAAUCUUCUUAGGUAAUCACCUUCUUACAUGUUUAGAGUUUUUACCAUGGAGUUCUCAGCCUGUUUAUCCACUAAGUCUUCAAAAUAGUGAGCUCUUAAGAUCUAUUUUGAGGGAAGUCCUUCCACAACAUACUAGUGAAGAGGAUCUAGAUAAAUAUCAGGCUCUAUGGGCUGUGUAUCCACCAUAUUUGAUAACUCAGAGUUAUCCAGAUAUAUUUUCCGAAGAGCUCGCCUUAAAAAUUAACACUUUAAUACGGGAAUCUUUGAAUAUACAUGAUGGUAUUCUGGAAGAUAAAGAUCCUGAGAAGUGCUAUGUCCUUGUGUUGAGCGGAGGAUCUAAUAGAGGAGCCUGGGAAGCUGCUGUAGUAAAAGGGCUAAUUACUCGUUAUAAAACUUCUGGUAAAACCAUAGAUUGGGAUGUAGUAUCCGGAGUUAGUGUAGGAGCCAUUGGAGCAUAUAUAUCACUGUUUUUUGAGUCAGCUGAUGAGUGGUCCGAGAAACUUUGGGGAUAUUGGUGGUAUGCUCCUCAAUAUACACUCUCUGAUUGUCAAUUACCAAUUUCCAAAAAUAUUGGUAAAUGGUUUAGAAUGAUACUAAAAAAAUUUAUUGAUCCUGAUGCUGUAUUUCACUAUUUAUGCAGUAUAAUUGGAUCUAAAAGAAGAUUAGAGAAUUAUGUUCCACCUAAACUCAAGGUUACUAAUAAAUCUAUCGUUAUAACAGCUACAAGGUUAGAAGAUGGAUUGUCACGUAGCUGGUUUGGUUGGAAUAGUACAGGAGAGGAACUGUUAGAUGCAGUUUUUGCAAGCUUAGCCUAUCCUUUAGUAUACCAACCUGUAUAUAUAAAUGGGAGUUAUUUUAUGGAUGGAGGAAUUAGAGCUAAUGCUAAUUUAAAAGAUGCAAUUAUUCAUUGCAUGGAAUUUAAAAAUGUCACUAGUGACAAGGUUAUAGUUGAUUAUAUUGAAACACAGCCCCUACGUCCGAGAUGGUUCCCAUUCCCUUAUAAUAAUAUGGAUAUACGAGGUCUUAUAAAUAGAGCCUUUGAUAUUUUACAUUAUAAUAUAAGAGGUUUUUCAAAGCUACAAGAGGCUAUAGAGAUGUUUCCUAAUACUACAUUUCGUCAUUUUAUUAAUCCUAUGGGUUGGCAUGAAUUCCAGCACUGGCCAGCCAUUGCCUUGGAUGUGUCUGAUCGUUCAAAAAUGCAAAAUAUGAUGAAGAUAGGGAUUUCAACUGGAAUGAAAGCUGGAAUACUCAAUAAGACCCAAAUUUUGAACUAUAAUCGGACAAAUACAAGAUAUUAUCCACUUUUGAAAUUACCAAAUUUGGGGUAA